AUGUCAAUCCCCGAACCCAAGUCGGCUCACUGGAGGCCGAGUGCCAAAGAGUGGCAUGCUGAGAUCUCGAGGGUGAUUGCCGUCUGGGAAGCACAAGAGUUCCUCAGGGAGUUUGUUCAAGAGGGCUGGCCUGACCACGUGUCCUCCUUCACAAUCCAAUGUAACAUGUCCCUCGACGAGCUGCGGAUCAUCGGCCUCUUCGAGAAAAGCAACGGCAUACGCAUGUGCCAGAGAAUCGUACGGGUGCCCGUGAUCAGCGAAGAGGUUGGCACCGCGCUAUGGGAGAAGCUCGCAGAGCCCGCACGCAGGACUUCUGCUUUGCAGCAAGAGGAAGAGAGAGUAUCUUGCGAACGCUCGAGUCUCCCCAAGCCAGUCACCCGGGUAUCCUCUUGGAGUACCGUUUGCGACGACUCCGGCAAGUCUAUCCGCUCCGAGAAGAAGCGCAUCAAGGAGGCAAGGUUGCAGGAAAAGAAGCUCAGUCGUCAGCUGAGCAAAGCGUUGAGGAAAUACGACCGCCACAGAUCUGGCCCGAGGGACGCAUGUGUCUUCUGCAGCGGCAACUGCGCCCAUUACAGCAAAUAUCCCGAGCUUAAACAGCCCAUUCUCAACCGGUUGAAACACCUCUGCCGGCGACAGUCUCCGGCCAAGGACAAGACCGUACGCGGCUCAGACUUCUGGCACGCCCCGGAGGUUCCCAAAAUCCUCAGCGCAUCCACACAGAAUCACACCGCCGGCAGCUCGGACCUUUCCGGGUCUUGGAGAGCCUCCAAACUCGUGGCGGAAGUGGUCUCUCUUGCCAAGGGCAUCUCGUGGAGUUGUGGCAGGGCCGUUCGGUUUGCUUGA